AUGGUCGAGUUAAAACUGAAAUGCGUAACCUGCUCCGCUUCUUUUUCCUCCGACGAAAUCUACAGCGCCCAUCGGGAGGGGCAUAAAAAGGCGGAAGAGUGGCUCCGGGUGAAUUUGCCGAAAUCGAAAUCAACGAAGAGAAAACCGUCUCCAGUUAAGACCGUCAUCGAGGAACCCCCACCCAUGUCUAUGAUUCCUCUUGAAUCACAAGCUCAAGUUCUCCGACGAGCGGCGAAACCCGCCAUUAGCCGUCGAUCGGCCCCGAUCAUGCCAAGCCAAAGCUGGCGAAAAAGCGAACUCAUGACAAUCUUCUCGUCACUAGAACUCCCAGUCCCGCUCGCCCAGUCAUCCGGAAUACAUUGA